GGAACGCGGGGAAAGUGCCGGCCCGGAAGCGGAACCCGCGGCCGCCCGGCGCCUUCCCGCCGGGCGCGGCAUGGCGGGGCCGGUGGACUGUCACUGCCACCUGGGCGCGCCCUGCUUCCAGCCGGACGUGGCGGCCGUGGUGCGGGCGGCGGAGCAGGCGGCCGUGUCGGCGCUGGUGGUGGUGUCGGAGCAGGCGGGCGAGUUCCGGAGCGUCCUGGAGCUGUCUGAGAGAUUCCCAGGGUUUGUCUUGCCAUGCCUGGGAGUUCACCCCGUUCAAGAGGUUUCUCCAGAGGAGCAGCGCAGUGUUACUUUGAAGGAUCUGGAUGAUGCGCUGCCUCUUAUAGAAUUUUACAAAGACAAAUUGGUGGGAAUUGGAGAAGUUGGACUAGAUUUCACUCCCAGAUUUGCCAGCACUGAUGAACAGAAGGAAGGACAAAGACAGGUUUUGAUCAAGCAGAUUGAGCUGGCAAGGAGACUGGAUUUGCCAUUAAAUGUUCAUUCCCGCUCAGCUGGAAGACCAACCAUUAAUCUCCUGAAGGAACAAGGUGCUACCAAGGUGUUGCUCCAUGCCUUUGAUGGGAAGCCGUCUGUAGCCAUGGAAGGGGUGAGAGCUGGAUACUACUUCUCCAUUCCUCCUUCCAUUAUAAGGAGUGAACAGAAGCAGAAGCUUGUGAAACAGCUGCCACUGGAAAAUAUGUGCUUGGAAACUGACUCUCCUGCUCUGGGGCCUGAAAAACAGGGUGCUGUCUUCUGCUCUUUUUCUUCUCUGAUAAAAGCUUCUGCCACUCUCCUGAGAAAAUGAAGCCAGCAAAGGCAUUAGAUCCCCCCAUUUUGAAGUUCAUCACAUUUCAUGAAGUUGUAGAUGACUUUUUGUGUGGAUUGGGUUGGACAUCACUCCAUGGAUUGUGUCCAUGCCUCAGCAAUGUGAGGAGCGGCAGAGAGCCCUUGUGCAGCAGCUGGCACAACAAAACAACUGGACCUGCCUGUGGGAGUCAGAACCUUUCAGAGUGUCUCCUUUGUACAUGGGACUUUAACUAGGCUCAACACCUGUUUCCUGCACCACAGCUCCACAGGCAUCUUCUAAAGAACACUAGUGAUUGUUUUGAAGGUUAUCUAAGCGUUCAGUGGUUUAAGAUUAAAAGAUAACCAUACUUGUGAGCACUUACGUCUAGGAGCAUGGUGUCUGCCAAAAAUGAACUAGAAAACUGUUCUUUUCCAGCUGUGCCUCUGAUGAGGAUGUGGCAGACUUCCUAGUCCUUUCCUCAAGAUUCUCCCAAAGGAGACUUCUUUUUAUGGUUCUUCAUCUUAGAGGCUCAGGGGUGCUGGUUAGUACAGACCCAGUAACAUAAGGAAUCCCAAAGUACACCUGAAAAUUAGUGAAGCAAAGACCAAGGAGUGCACUGUAACUGUGGGGGAAGAGUAGUGAAGGUAGUGAAGCAAAACAGCCACUGCCACAGCAUUACCCAGUACAGUGGAUUUUUUUUAAUUAUGGAAGAAAGUAUGGUUUUGUAAGGUAUUUUUUCUUCCUGUGGACUAUUUUAAGCAGAUAUGUAUAUGCCAAAUUAUAUUCAUCUAAUGGGGAAAAAGACAUCCUUUCCACUCAUUAAAAACCAAUAUCUUAAAAUAAAAUGUGACAGCAGAUAAUAGGACAGAAAAAAGUGCCAUGGACCUGGAAGAGAGGCAGCUGAGCAAUUGCAAGAGACUUUUCUUGUAUUUGGAAGUCCCAUUUUGGACCAGGAAGAUGCUAAAUGAAAAAUGUGCCCAUUGCCAGUCCUCUGGUGACUGGUAAGUUAAUUUGGUGGUCCUUGUCUACCUACCAGUGGGUCAAGGAAAUCUCAGCAGCCAUUUCACCAUAUGGAGGGCAGGGUUAACAAAUCCAAACUCUGCAUUUUUCAGUGCCUCUAGUACUGCUUGAAGUCUUGGAGCAUUCUCAUCCUGCUGUGAGAAAAUUUGAUACACAGGGUUUGGGUUGUUCAAUUCUGCAGCCUGAUCCCAGCUCCCUGGCUUUCAUGUGUACACUGUGGAUGUUCAGGACAUGCUGCUCCAUAACUUUGCUGGGACACAAUCUGUCAUCCUAGAAAAGGUACAAGCUGAUUAUUAUUUUUAUUUUAUUCUUAUAUUAUUAUUAUUUUCUUGCUGUUAUUUUUCCCCUCUUGCCAUUACAAGGCUUGAUCAAGUUAAUCCUUGCAGAGGUCCUGGAAGUUAUUUCAGCAGGGUUGUAAUUGGAUUGCAUGAGCCUUUGCCUUUUGCCCUCUCUUCCAAAUAUCAUUUACCAGUAUCUGAAUCAGUGUAAAAGGAAAAGUAAUACUAGCAGGGAUGAGGAAUUGGCUGUGGCUGCCAUGAAACAUAUCAAUGCCCAUGUUUCCCUUUGGAGUGAUAAUGAGACACUGGGAUUUUUUUUUAUUUUGGAAAACAAACAAACAAACAACAAGAACAACAACAACAAAAACUCCCAACAAUGAGAAGGAGAAGUCACAUAGCAGUUUGAAACUAAGCCUCCUACAGGCUGUUGUUUUGAAAAAAACCUGUCCAUCUUGAAACUAGAGACACAUUUAUUUUUCAGUAUUCCCCAGAUAAAAACAAACAUUUCCACACUUCAAAAGGGAAAGCUCAGUAUGAUAUUCUCAGUGAAACAGUUUGGUGUUUGUAAAUAAAUAACAUUUCCCAAACAUCUAGGUAUCUUCAGUUCCUCAAAAAAUACAGCCUCUGCCAAGCCUAGCCCUUGUCAGGGAGCAGUGGGAGCUCCAUCUUCACCCCUGUCCAUCCCAACAUCACCCAGCUCUGUUCUUGUCCCAGGCUCUGGCUGCUCUAUCACCCCACUCUGGUCUGAGGAAGGGGAACAAGGCCUUUUGCUUCCAGGACUGACAUUUAUCCUGGGAGUAGUUGAGCUGGCAGGAGAGUCACCAAGACUGCCAAAUCUGCCUGGGUAAAGGGAGGCAAUCAGAGCUGUCCCUGUCCCUUCACUUAGGCUGGGAGGAGGGAUGCAGGAUGGCUCUGAGCAUGGUGCUCUGAAGCUGCCAGGCAGCUCAUGGCUGUGAUGGUCUUUCACCAGCACGUGAAACUGCCCUGUGCCUCUCAGCAGCUCUCUGAGUCUGCCUUCCGGCAUCCAACAUUACCUUUGUCCUGUGCACAGCUCCCGAGGUUGCUGCACAGCCAGCAGAGAGGAGAGAGCACUCAAAGCACAGUUAUUCCCAGGACCCAAGUUAUUUCCACUUCAUUCCCCUCCUAAGGUUUCUAAAAGCUAUGAACUGUUGGUACUGUCUGAGGUCUUAAGGGACACAAAUACUCUGUUCACCCUGUGUUUGCAGUUCAUUGGAAUUGUAGGAUUAUCUCCAAAGACUUAAACAGUCUGAAUGCCAUUCUGGCAGAGCUGGGAUGUAUUUUGCAUGUUGCUGUAUGGAUUGCUGUAGUGAGACUACUUCCCAUGGGCCAUUCUCUCAUGUUUAUAGCCCCGGCUGCACUGGUGCAGAUAAGAAUAAAUGGCCUCAAGUUACACCAGGGGAGGUUUAGAUUGGAUAUUAAGAAAAACUUCUUCACUGAAAGGGUUUUUGAGUGCUGGAACAGGCAGCUCAGAGAAGUGCUGGAAUCACCAUUGCUGGAGGUAUUUAAAAGACAGGUAGAUAUUGCACUAAGGGAAUUGGUUUAGUAGUGGACUUGGGCUGUGCUGGGUUAACAGUGGGACUUGAUCAUCUUAAAGGUCUUUUCCAAAAUAAAUUCUGUCGUCCUAUAUUUAAGAGCCACAGGGUACUCACAAGACAGAUAAACGAUUUUUAGGUGGACACUACAGCUGUUGGGCUGAUCCCAUAUGACUGCUGCUCCAGUGAAACCCACCGAUGAAUGUAUUUGUGGACACCUCAGGGAUGUCAGGAGCUGGGUGAUGCUGGAGGUGCCAAGUGCCCUCCAUUUCCUGUGGUGCCACCAGGAGCUGGGCGUGGUGCUGAGCUGGACAGUGUGCAGGCUGGAGGUGGGAGCAGAAGGCCAAGGUCUCUAAACAUCUGGAUGAAGCAGAUAUUGUCACUACAUGCUUUGGGGUUGUCCUGGCACAGGAGCUGCCCACUGUCCAUUGGUUGAUAUGGGCACUAAGUUUGUCUCCCCUGACAAUAAAAGGGAGGGAAUUUUCUGUGAAAGAUUGUGGUUUGCAGCUAUUCUGAAAUAGAUUAUAUCUUGUAGCAGUGAUGCAAAAGACUACUGUUCAAAAGGGUCUUUGGAGAGCUCCUGGAGUAUUUUCCCAACACAGGAGCUGCCACAAAGAGAGUCCCUGGUGUCUGUCUGUCUGACUUCCUGUUAGAAUGAUUAACGCUGCUGGAAUGUCAAUGCAUUUGCCAUAAUGUACUCUCACAGCCAGGGUCCUGGGCAGAAAUCUUUUAUUGUUACUCAGUCUAAACAAAGAAAAAAAAAAUCCUGCUGAUUUUUAGUUAAGCUGAGGUCAGCCAGCAUCUUCCCCAUCUAAUGCAUGUAGGCCUUUAAAGGCUCUCUUCCUGCUGAUAACCUCUUCAGAGACAAAUUGGGAACUUCAAGCUAUUACUAAAUAUUUGGUUUUCCUCAACAGUAAAAGUACCAAUAUUUCUCAAGCCUGGGUGAGCAAUCUGUCUCUAAAACACAUUUUCAUGCCAGGCUCUUAGUGGCUCCAAAAUCACAUGUCCCUUCCGUUUAAUUUUCAAAGGAUCUGUGUGCAUGAACCAGGCAGGUAAAGUGUAGUGAAGGAGAGCUACACCAUGUGUUUUCAAGACCAUAAUGCUUUUUUUUGUAACUCUGAGACAUCCUAGAAGUGAAGAUGUUGUUGUUGUUGCUCUGAAAAGUGGUUUCACCAGCUGAUUGCUCACCAUUCCU